UUGAUCUCCAUCACCUUCCUCUCCAUCGGCUACGGGGACAUGGUGCCGCACACCUACUGCGGGAAGGGCGUGUGUCUGCUCACUGGCAUCAUGGGUGCCGGCUGCACUGCGCUGGUCGUCGCUGUGGUUGCCAGGAAGCUGGAGCUCACCAAAGCAGAGAAACACGUGCACAACUUCAUGAUGGAUACGCAGCUGACGAAGCGGGUGAAAAAUGCUGCUGCCAACGUACUCAGGGAAACAUGGCUCAUCUACAAACACACCAAGCUGGUGAAGAAGAUUGACCAUGCCAAAGUUCGGAAACACCAGCGUAAGUUCCUCCAAGCCAUCCAUCAGUAA